GUAGCAUGCUGGUGUCACACUGGGGAGGGUGUGUGGGAGGAGAUAUGUAAAUUGACCUUUGGGGUCCUAUUAGUGGCACCCAAAAUCUCAGUCAGUGUACUGACGGACUUCAUCACAGGCACUCACAUGAACAGUGGCGGGAUUGUCUGGUUCAGGUUUGAAUAAGUACAUUUUGGAAUAUUUGACCAAGUUGAUGGAAGGGGAGUUUUAAUAAAUUUUCAUCUGUGAGGUUUUUUUUUUUUUUAAACCGGGGACAAUUGGAUACCGUGUGAUGGAUUUCUCAAUGGCAGCAAGUCUUUUUAUAGUAAUGAUGCUAUAUUUGUCUAUUGGAGAAGCAAAGUCAUACGGUCCGUAUGAGCAUUAUAGUGACUACAGAUCUGGACUGAUUGAGCAUCACGGGCAAGGAAAACCGACCAGCAGACACAAGAACCACUGUGCUUAUGUGAUCGAAAAGACAGUGUCUUUCACUUUGCAAGAUGGGGCGGCCCCGUAUGUCAAAGCUGAGUACAACAAGUGUUCCUGGCAUAAAAACUGUCCAACGCUUAUGUAUCGCCUGAUCUACAAACCAAUGUAUAAGGUGGCACAUAAAACAGUCACUGAGUUAGAGUGGCGCUGUUGUCCUGGGUACUCUGGCUACGACUGCAUGGAGGGACCCCCACCUUACCAACAUUCCAUGAAAAGCAUGCCACCGUUUAACAGGCCACCAUUCAGAGGCCCACAGUUCAAGGGACCACAAUACAAAGCUCCUAUGUUUAAGGCUUCCAUUUUCAAGGGCCCACCUAGCAACCCUGUUGUGAAAGCUAACCCAUGGAAUCAACCCAAAGGACCUCCCACCGGUGGUUUCAACUCAUACCCAAUGCCUAACUUUGGACUGCCAAGAUCUUCCAGCUAUCCAGACACCUCUUUUGAACCAUAUCCAGAUGGGCCCGAGCCCAUGCCGGACCAUAUCGAAGAACAUCACACAGCGCAUGAACAGAAUCAAGAAGAAGUGGAGCAUAGGCCAGAAGUGACGCUUGCUCCUACCAAUGGCGAACAAACUGAAGGUCUGGCUCUAGACACUGAGACAGAGGGGAGAAUAUUUCGAAUGGAGGAGGACGUAAGACGUCUGAACCAGGGAUUGGAGACCCUGAAGGGGACUGUGAAUGGCCUGGAGGACAGCCUUCGAGCAUCACUAAGAGAAGAUGCCAACAGGAUGCUCACAGCUCUGCUCUCUGCCGCCCCCAGUCCUCUUUCAGCUCCUGCUAUAUCUUCGAGCCCCUCCAUAGUCGGCUUUGCGGAGAUUCCCGGAGGCGAUCCCGAUGCCGGUGGUCUAGAUGGCCGACACAUAUUUUCAGGGCUCACGGAACUGAAUGGAAAGGUAGAAGAGCUCAGGACCGAGCUGCGAGCCAAGACAUUGGAGCUUCAGGAGCUUAAAGCCACAGUAACGACACAUGACGGAGCACUUGAGAAGUUAGCAACCAGAGAAGGCGCAGAAUCAGACUCGACCCAUCUUGAGAGCAAAGCCUCAAAGGAUACAGAGCAGCUCUUGGAUGCCAAACUGAGUGCAGCCAGGACAGACAUUCUGGGUGGGUUUGAGAAACGGGUGGAGACUGCAGUGGGCCGAUGUGAGGAGAAAGCAGAAGACUUAUGUCGCCAGUGUCAGAGGGAGCGAGGUGAACGGCAGGAACAAAUGGAAGAUGCUUUGGAAGAAAGUGCCAGCGACUUAAGGAGAGAGCUGAGGAACCUUCAGGAGCAGGUUCAACAUUUGAACACAAUAGAAAGCUGCUGUUCUGUGCUGAGUGGACUGAGCGACAGGGUGCAGUUGGUGGAAACAUCAGUGGCAGACCUCAAUCAGUCUCAGAGUCACCUAAGAGUGGAGUUGGGAGGUCAUAAAGACCACAUUGAAGGAAUGCUAGAGGGGCGCCUUAAAUAUGUCGAGAUUAAGCUCAACCUGACUGGGCAAGUGGUAAAGAGGAGCAGCAUCUCAGACAAAGCGGAAACAGGACUAGGCCUGGAGGCCAGAAUGGAGGGCAAGUUGAGGGAACUUGAAGGACGCCUACUGAUGGCUUUGGAGGAACUGGGUAAUGCCACUGCCCCUGCGCUCCUCGAGGGACAUGCCGUUCCGACCCUGGAGACAGAGCUGGAGUCCCUCCGAGGGAGACUCGAGAUGGACGUGGACAGAGUCCAAAAACAUCUGAGCAACCUAGAGAUUCUUUGUUUUUCCUCAUGUUCGUCAUCUAAAAAACCCACGGCUAUCCAAGGGGACUCCGCUUUUUCAAGUAGUGGCCUGGCAGAAGAUCAGAAUGUCGAGGGGUUGUUAGAAAGGCAAGGUGACCGUUUGAACAGCCUCAACAUCACACUACAGAACAUCGUGAGGCAUCUGACCAACAAAGAGCAGCGACCAAAAGAACAAGGUGAGCUCACCAUCCUUAGGUUCAAUGUUCGCUCGGUCAACCGGACCCUGAAAGGAAUUCAGGAAUCACUGGGGAACGUAGUCCACCAGGUGGGACGAGCAAACAGCUCCUGGCAUGAGAGAGAGUCACGUCUGGCACAACAGAUGAAGGGCGUGGUCCAACUGGUUCGACAUCAGGCUUCCAUGCUUGGUACAGGUGAGCGCAAACUGACCCGGCUCAAGGGGGAGUUGCAGGAAAUGAAGAGACGGCUCGCUGACGAGAUCCGAGGUUGUCGGAGCACAGCUAUGGGUGUACAAAAAGAGGUUACAGAGGUCGGUGGACGUGUUGCUAAUGUGGAGGACCAAUGUAAAGGUCUUGAUUCUGUAGCAGAAGAUCUGGAGAGAAUAAGGGAGGAGCUCGACAGACAAUCCAAUGGCUUCCUCAUGCAAUUCAAUGGGACUCUCUCCAACCAUUCCCAACAGUUGUCUGAGCUGAAAGACGAAAUCAGAAACUGCAGCUCGAGAGCAGAAUCAGCACAACAGAAUUACGAGCAAGAGUUACAACGCGGGGACACGUUUACUUCAAAGUAGUAAAUAAAUUAUAUGAAAAAAAUGAAGGGUAAAUAUUCUGCUGGUGCUGUGCAAGUCCACGAACAUCUCAUAAUGUUGAUGUCAUUUUUUUGUAAACUCGAACUGAUAUCCAGUCUAAAACGUUUUGCAGCAACUAACUGACUCCACUCAAUGUUGUGAUGACAAACGUUUACUUUUACUUGACUCGUGAAGGUGCUAAGUCUGAGUUGCAAUCGUUUUUAACACCCGCCAAAUUGUUCGUUACUGUGCUGAUUACAUGCUGAAAAGUCUUUGUGUAUAUAUAUUUUAAAUUGUUUUAUGUGAUGUUCUAGUUUUUAUACUUUAUUAUGUGGAGACUAAAUUACACAAUGCUUUUUAUAUAAUUUGAUAUUGUAUUAGUCCUUUGCUUUUUAUAGCCCUAAAUUCCUCAUCUAUUUACUUUGCUUAGGGUUGCCAGCACAAAAAUAAACAUUCUGUACUGUAAA